AGACAAGCCGUUCAUUUGCGGAAGUGUGGAUCUAGGUUUUAAACAAGAACGCAACAACAAAGGCCAUUGCAUUGGAAAGUCGUGGAAAUACGAUAUCUAUCGCCAAGGCAUACCUAUUUAGUUGGUUGCUCCAAACUUGACGCUCACACCAUGGCUGCCGCGGAACCAGUCUACAGUCCAACAACAGUUUCAGAGACCAAAUCCAAAAAGUGGUUAAUUGUACCAACAGAUAAUUUGGAUAAAGUCAGAUGUUUGAUAAAGGUGGUGGAAGUGCUCCUGUCGUUUGUGGCCUUCAUUCUUGAAGAGGUAGUGACCAACUGUAUGAGCUGCUCUCCGCUGUACUUCUUUGAGUUUGUCAGCUGCACAGCCUUCCUCUUCACAGCUCUCCUCCUCAUCCUCCUCGCUACCACCCUGCACAAGAGAGUGGGCAUCAGUUACUGGCCCUCCCUGGACUUUGUGUACACAGCUUUGAUGGCUGCAUUCUUCCUCAUCGCCUCCAUUGUGUUUGCCUCAGAUAAUGGUGGAACUGACCUGGAGAAUGCUGCUGUGGCAUUUGGCUUCCUGGCCACUGUGGCAUUCCUGGUGGAUGCUGGCUGGUUUGUGAAGACCAGGGGUUUUCCUUUUAAAAAGACCAACCAGCAAGCUGCAAGCAACGGCGGGGCUCCUGUGGCAGAGGCCGAGAAACUCAACAGGGAACAGAACGAAGCAGACUAGGCCCAAGGAUACCUUACGAGUGGAACACUGGUAUCUCUUUCUCCCACAUUUACACACACAAACAGGCAACACACUAAGACUAUCAGAGGGCCACCUUAUAUCUGCUUAAAGGAAGGAAAGACAUCUCCAGUAGUUUUAACAUCUUAUUCAGAGCUUUUAUUCUCAGCAGAGGGACCAUUUUUGUAGGAGACAUGGUCUGUGUUGUAUACAUUCUGUUUCCUUGGACCAUGGACCUGCUUGGAAUGGGACCACUCAUUGAUAGAAAUAGACCAAGGCUCUCCAACCCUGUUCCUGGAGAUCUAUCCUCCUGUAGCUUUUCACUCCAACCCUGUUCCUGGAGAUCUAUCCUCCUGUAGGUUUUCACUCCAACCCUGUUCCUGGAGAUCUAUCCUCCUGUAGCUUUUCACUCCAACCCUGGUCCUGGAGAUCUAUCCUCCUGUAGGUUUUCACUCCAACCCUGUUCCUGGAGAGCUAUCCUCCUGUAGGCUUUCACUCCAACCCCAGUUGUAACUAAUCUGGUUCAGUUUAUAACCAUGUAAUUAUUAUUAGAAUCAGGUGUGUUAGAUUAGGGUUGGAGUGUGAACCUACAGGAGGGUAUCUCUCCAGGAACGGGUUGGAGUGAACCUACAGGAGGGUAUCUCUCCAGGAACAGGGUUGGAGUGAAAACCUACAGGACUGUACCUCUCCAGGAACAGGGUUGGAGAGUCCUGGAAUAGACUAUUAUGAGAUUUUAAGAUCACUGUAUUGCCUUACCACUGACUGUCAUUCCUGCAUUUCUCAGUGUUACUGGGAUGAGCACCUAUCUGUACUUGCGUCUUAUCAAGAUGGCUCCAGCUAUGCAAAAUGAUGUAUCUAAUCUCUCUCUAAAAAAUGGUUUGGGAGUUGAAGAACAAUAUUUAUCCAGUUAUUUACAGUCAAACACAAGUACAGUUACAUUAUUUAACUGGAAGAAAUGGUUUUAAAAGUCGACAUCAUUUAUUAGCCAGUUUUAAGGAAGGACAAUAUGAUUCAAUUCAAACUCUUUAGUAAGGAAAGGGAACAGUAAAGCCAGAAACGUUUCUACAGAAAUAUGAUAUAUCUGUUUUAAUGGGCCCCUAUGUCU